AUGGUGCAGCCUAUUAAGGCUGCACUUUAUUUUGACAACGCGGACGGGUUUGGAGAGUGGCAAGUCCUCAUAUCUACGGAGGCCUACAGAAUAUUGCGUGAAUUCCGUAGAGCAGAUGUAAAGAUCUUCAAGAUCAUCGUUAAGAAGAUCAAACAACUAUCGAAUGGCCAUCUCUCCGAUGAUAAUCACAAGCAGCUUGACGAGCCAGAUGCAGGCAUACCUAUCUACGAUGCCAAGAUAACAAGUGACUUACGAUUAGUGUACCAGAUCGAUUGUAUCCCUGGCCAGGAUGGACAGUCCGAAAGACAAGUAAUUAAGGUAUACGGCAUUUAUACGCAUGCUCAGCUCGGCAGAAUAUGGGAUGCCUUGGGUAGCUAUCUCGCACGCAAGGGCAGAGAAUAUCGUAGAAGGUGUAUCUUUCGGAAUCAACCAGUUCUUUCUAAUGACAGCGUGAUUCUGCCUGCAUCAUUCCCACCAGCUGAACCUGAGUCAGAAUGCUCAGGAAGCCCACUCGAUCUUAGUGAUAAGGACAUGGAUCACGUUGAGCGUUCCUGCGUAGUGAGUGAUUAUGUAGUUGGCUCGCCACCUCUUCUCACCUUUGCAAAAGGUCUCAUCGCAAACCAAGACGUGCAGCACGUCUUCAUACUCACACCUCAAGAACAAAAGAUUGUCGAGUGUACCACGUCAUGUUAUGUCUUGGGUCGCAGCGGCACGGGAAAAAGUACGACGAUACUGUUUAAGAUUCUUAGCAUUCAGCGAGCUUGGGAGAUGAGUGCCAUUGACAUACCGAAGCCACGCCAAAUCUUCGUCACCAAAUACAGAAUGCUCGCUAUGAAAAUGGAAAAGUAUUUCACGAAGCUUCUUGAAUCUCUGGCGCUAGCAGGCUAUACCCUGGAGGAACUUGCAAAAAUGAAGGCACAUAGUGUUCAAGAGAGCCUUGUUGAUCUCGACGACCUGCCCAAUUCACAGAUACCCAUGAAAUACAGCGAACUUGAGGAUAAGCACUUUCCUCUUUUUGUAACUUUUGAUCAACUGGCGAAGAUGGUCGUGGCAGAUAUCUUGAGCGAGGACGUCCUCAAAACGAGCGAAGGCGUAAGACUGGGACUUUUCUUCAAUGUUGGCGAUGCUGAGGUACACGACUGUUUCGUCACCUAUGACGUAUUCGCAAAUCAAUACUGGCCUCAUUUUCCGCGGAAUCUCACGAAGAAUCUUAACCCGUGGUUGGUUUUCAGCGAAUUGAUGGGAAUCAUUAAAGGCUCCGAACACGCACUGACCUGUCUUGAAGGAUUUCUCGAUCGUUCAAACUACCUCCAUCUUUCUCACCGUUCUUAUCCAAAUUUUGCGAAUCAGAGGGGAAUUCUGUAUGACGUCUUCGAGUAUUACACGAAAAUUAAGAGGCAGCGACGUCAUCAUGAUGUUGCAGACCGUACGCAUGCGAUACUUAAGGUCUUGCAAAGCCAGAGGUUCCCUGGCCAACAGAUUGAUUAUCUGUAUGUCGACGACGCACAAGACAUCCUUCUGAUCGAUGCUUUCUUUUUGAGGCAAUUUUGCAGGAAUCCAGACGGCUUGUUCUGGGCUGGUGACACCGCACAGACAAUCUCUGCGGGGAGCUCCUUCAGGUUCGAUUAUCUGAAAACGUUUCUCUACAGUGCGGAGCAGAAAAAUACCUCGAUCAAUUCCACUGGAGCAUGCCUUCAUCAGCCUACGACGUUUCAACUGACGGUCAACUACAGAUCGCAAGGUGGCAUAGUGCACUGCGCGCAUUCUGUGAUCGAACUCAUCACAAAAUUUUGGCCCAAUACAAUCGAUAUCCUUCAGCCAGAAAAAGGUUUGGUUGUUGGGCCUAAGCCUAUCUUUUUUACCGGUUGGGGCAAUGACACCAUUCGUUAUGAACAGUUCUUGUUCGGGGCGAGCGGUAGUCACAUUGAGUUCGGAGCUCAGCAAUGCAUUCUCGUGCGUGACGAUGCAGCACGUCAGAAGUUACGAGACCAAGUUGGUGAAAUUGGACUGAUUCUGACACUUCACGAGAGCAAAGGACUGCAAUUCAAUGAUGUGCUGUUGUACAACUUUUUCGAGGAUUCUGUUAUAGAUUUGUCACAAUGGCGCAUAGUUCUCAAUGGAGUAGAAGGUCAAGGACAUGCACCGAACUUCGAUCGUGACGAGGCGCGAUACGCUGGGGUUUGUAGCGAGCUCAAACUUCUUUACAUGGGAAUCACUCGAGCAAGGAAGAACGUGUGGAUCGUUGACAAAUCUCGUAAAUCAGACCCGAUGCGCAUAUUCUGGACUUCUCGCAAUCAGGUCCAGAAUUGUACCCCCGGCACCGAUGUCCCUCAUCUAGCCGUCUCCUCGACUCCAGAAGAAUGGGCAUCCUUCGGGCGCUCACUAUUCUCGCACAAGCGCUACUCGCAGGCUAUCCGCUGCUUCGAACGUGCUAACCUUCCUCGUGAAGUGAAGAUAUGUGAAGCAUAUCAAUUGCGAGAAGUUGCACGUUCUAGUGUCGGAGUGACCUUACUCGACGACCAAACAAGAGCUUUCAACGUGGCUGCCGAUGCCUUUACUGAUUGUGGGGCGACCACGACAGAAAUUCAGAAGCUCCAGUAUUAUCGUAACUCGGCGGAUUGCUACGUUCAAGCAGGAGAUGAUCAUAAAGCUGCUGAGGCCUAUCUUAAUGCUCAAGAGUUCGAGCAAGCAGUGAAGAGAUACCACAAGGCUGGACGGUUUGACAAGACCCUCCAUGUCCUUCAUGACCAUGGCAUGAAUAUACCUGAAGAGACCGCGACGGAGUUAUGGACUGUGUGCAGACUGUUUUACUGCAGCAGGAACAACACUCGGGCUCCCUUGCCUCUCUUCUCAACAUUUGAUGAAGAACUCGAAUUUCUGGAGGACUAUGACCUCGAUUACGCUCGUGCCUCACUGCUUGAAUCUCACUCAAGGUACUAUGAGGCCGCAGAGCUCCAUUUGUCAGAGAAUAGGCCCUUGGAAGCCGUCCAGGCAUUCAUCAAGGACGACAGCAACGUCGAUUCUACUAUUCGUGCGGCCGAUACUAUACUGGAAUACUUCUGGUGCAAAUGCUCCUUUAGAAUCACUGCAGAAUCUGUUUCUGAUGAGACAAUGCGGCAUUUCAUCGCUCUCUCUAAUCAGCUCGAGACGAACAAACUAAUGCCGGCUACGCGUGAUCAAAUAUCGAUGUUUCAAAACAUCUUGCGCGGAAAUCAUGAGCCGUUGAGAAAUCUUGCGCUUGACUUCCAUGAACAUGAUAACCAGCCAGCAGCUCUCCUUUGCCUGGACCAUAUAUUCUCUCGAACCACAGACAUUCGAACUUUCGCGGUCGAUGAAAUGCAGCGAUUCCUUCAACAAUUUCACGCCUAUGCACGACUGCUCUACAUGGUUUUGACCAUCCCUGACCCCAUGGAGUAUAGGGGUAUUCAGAAACUGUUUCCUAUCGUGCGGUUGUCCGGUGACGAGUUUUUCAUACCAGUUGGAACGUUCCUCCACAAGUAUGUGACAGAAAUCCGCCGGGGAAUCACUUCGGUAUCAAAACAUCCUUCUGGAUAUACAGCUUUUCGUAGAGAAGUCACCCAGCUGCUACAACAAUCCUUUCGAACAAUCUUGAAAGACAAAGUGUCAGAGAUCGAUGCUAUGUGUUGCAAAUCUCCCAUUUUCUCACAAUGCCUGCAAUUCUUAAUAUCUGGCGUAUGUCUAAAAGGUAACUGUCGCCAAGAGCAUGUCGCAGUAUCGAAAUCAGACCGCCGGUGUUACAAUAACCGUGUUGCCAUCCACAUCUGGCAGAUUCUGAUCUUGCAAUUCAUGUAUUCUGCUCAUCCAGAAAUUGACCGACGCGAUAGGUGCGCCUGGAGAAUGAAGGACUGUCUCGAUCAUCUUUACGAGGCUAUCAAUCCACCUUUCUUCAUCCAAGGUUCCUCCGCGGACCUUGACAUGGACCUGAUGCCUCUUCGUCUAAACGGUGUGAAAGUGGUGAAGCUCUGGAUCCGGGAAUUUUUCUACUCGCUCGACCUAUUCGAUACUCAGGCUGAAUUUUUAACGACGUUGAUGAGGAUGAUCAGUCUAAGUUUCGCUUUUGACGGGGACAACGCACCUGCCUACAUAUCUCGAGCAAAGUGUACGUUCUCCGGACCAUUCGAAUUUUUCCGCAAGGGCGACGAUCGCUAUAUGAUUCAUGACCUGCUUGAUUCUUACCAAGGAACUACCUGCAGCAGCAUCUUGUCGGGAAUCAUGUAUCUUCUGCAUGUACUUGACAAUCGUUUAUACGUCAACCUCUCUGUGCUGUGCGACUGUAUCGAGGAUAUCUGCAGUACUUUUGUAAUAAAGUAUCGAAUGGACCCAGAAUUCAACCAGCUUCCCCUCCAUGACGUCGUCCUUCCAUGCCACUGGCUGCUGUUUCCCCACAAAUUUACUGCGGAGAAAGAAAAUAAUAAGCUGCCUUUGAUGGACAAGCUUUUGGAUGAGAUGGCGUGGCUGGUCGAAGCACUGCGUGUAGGAGCCGGCAUAGAUUUCCUCUGGCUGAACCAUACGAGAAUUACGCCCAUUCUCCGUAGUGUUUUCAUUUCCCGGAUCUGCAGGGUUCUUUGCCUUAUUGCUCAUAACAUUAGUAAUCGCCCGACCAGAGACAAAGUAGAUGAGAUCAUUCUUUCUCUGCACACAAACAACCCUCCUUCGAAUUGGCAUCCAGCUAGCUAUCGGAAUCUCGUGGAUGACGUGGUUAGGUACAAGUACAUGACACCUUUGCCAGGACGGGCGCCACCCUCAGACAGUUACCUGCGAGCUCUCUUGGAUUUCGAUGACAACCAAGGAGUGAACAACCUGGUACAUCUUGUCCACAAAACGAUGAACCAGCAUACCCGAGCCUAUACGGUCCGACUCGUAUACGAGAAGAUCAUCGAGAUCCCCAAUCUCCUUUUAUCGUACGCAGUGAUCGCACAGUCUACUCUGAGUGUAAAGAUCCUAGCCUUUAUUAUGCAGCACGAUAAGAAAGAGAUAGCGGAACCGCAACCUCAAGAGUUCGAAGGAGAAGAAGAAAGGGAUGAAGAUAUCACGGCGAAUGCUGGUGAUGCAUUGAAGACUUUGGAUAGGCGGCACCUGAUCUUGAUGAGUUGCUCGCUCCAACGGACCACAGUGGAGGAAGAAGAGGCGGCUUGCAAGAUUCAGAACGCAUACCGCCGUUAUGUCAGACGUCGCUCAAGUCGUGCAGUUAAUGCCGAAAUUGAUGCGAUAUUCAUGACAUGCCUGAAGGAGACGCAGUCCUCGGAAUGGCGUCCAGGCUAUUACAGCCUCAUUUUCCUUGGGCCAUUGCCUCACCUUCUGGCUUGCCUGGAACGAGGCAUUGUUCUGACUCACGCUGCCAAAGCGAAGACGAAAGGCCUUUUCAACAUGAAGUCUCAUGAAGAGCUUAAGGAGUUGGGCAAGCAGAGAUUUGAGAUAGCAGCGCUCUUAAGGACUGGAUUGAGAUUGCGCAAGCAGCUAGAACCUUCCUCGCCCGCUCAUCGUGCCCGCGACAUCGAAGCACUCAAAUCUGGGGUCCUAGAGGUCAAGGAAUUCCUGCAGAGGGUUCCCGGCAAUACGCGAGAUAUGCAAUCCGACUUUCAAAUGGCCUAUAAGGGCAUUGUUGCAAAGAAGGUUCGUGCGGGGAAGCAGAAAGAGAGACCCGCUCUCAAUGUCUAG